GCCAGCUGGUGCUUACAAAUAUAUGUGUAGAGCGAGUGAUUUUCGCCCAGCGUCCAGACGAGCGAAAGCAUCAGCACGAAGGCAAGGCACAAACUCACCCACCACAAUCGACCUUGUCAAUUCACUUCCUCUGUGUCCGACAUGAAUGCAAUGAGGUCUUCUCCCUCUAACUAUGACGGACGGAUGAAAAGGGAGAGGGAAAGAAAGGCAGUGACCGCACCAGCCCUACGACCCCUCAAACCGCCAAUCCACCCAUGGAUGCACACCCACUGCACUCCCGGUGGAAAAAGCAAACAUGCAUGUCCCCUCCCUCCUCCGCACAUACAUACUUAUGUGAAUGCGGAGACACAGGGCAGAUGAAUGAACGAUGAAGAUAACCAAAACCCAGUGUGGUGCGAUGUGGUGUGCCGCACUACACACGGCAAAUGAAUGACUGUGUGGCUCUCUCUCGCUCUCUCUCGCAGCAUGAAUGGAAUGCAUCAAAUGCAACUAACCCAACCCCACGAAUGAAUGAAUGGCACAGCGGAGGGCGGGCGGGCUUCCUUCGCCCUCCGCCUUAAUUGAAUCAGAACAUGCAGCCGAACACAACCAACACACGUGAGUGACAAACUUUCUCAGGAACUAACUAACUAGCUAGCUAACUAACUAACUAAGUCGUAAGUCAGGUAUGCAUUGCCUGGCUCGUCGAUCGGUUGAUCAGGGUCUCAGGAGGUUGCGCCCUGGGCCAUUCUCGUCAAGAGGGAUGCGCCUGGGCGCGACGCCACGGAUGGCCUCCUCCUCGACUUCGCCGCUCUCGAUGGCCGUCUCGUUGCCGCGACGACGCUCACGGCAUGUCAGUGUGACCUUUUCACGACUGAAGGAGCGACCAUCGAGGUCCUGGAACACACACACACACCCGCACAGUUGCAUCUCAAAGAGAGAGAGAUCUGCCCCUCUCUCUCUCUCUCUCUCUCUCCACUUACUUGUCCUUUACACGAGAAAGAGUGUUCACCGUCCCACUGGUAGUCGAAUUCCUUGCCCUUAGCGUAGUACAAGAAGCUGUCGCCGUCAUCGAUUUCGAUAGCGUCGUCAUGGGUAUCCCUGCAGACACACAUAUACCCACAUAGCAUUCGUGUUCACGUCUGUCUGUUGCAUGCGACACACACCGUACGAGCGGUGGGCACCUCUACGUGUCACCUCACUUCAGAUAAUAGCAGGUGUCAAAGGGGACCUCGUACCUGUAAUGAAGACCACACACACACACAGAGACGAUCGAGCGUUACGGUCAACGGUGCAGCUAACUUCUCGAGCUCACGAGUCACUCACGACCUCGUAUAGGCGUAGUUACGUACGUACCAACAGUAGGAGAUGGGCAAGGCCUGGCCCGAUUUUGUGACUUUGACAGCGACGUGGAUGGGACCCUUGCUGCAGUGGUUGCAGAAUGUGAUCUUGUGGGCCGCCGAUGCCUCGAGCAACGCAAAUGAGCUCACAAGAAGAGCAGCCAGGGCCGCAGCAACAUACCAGCGGGCCAUACUGACGGAAAGCUGAGUACGGGGAGAGAGCUGGAUCUGGGCAAAUGACGGAUCGAGUAGAAAGCAGCCGGAGGGGUGGACAGAGGGAUGGGAGAGAAGGUGGAUUGGGCAGUGGGAGGAAUCCGGUGAGAGAGUGGGAGCGGACUGGUGGAUUUCGG